GCGGCCCAGGCUGGUGAUGGAUCGGUGGACUUCGGUUCCAAACCCGGCGGGAUGUCUUCAGUCCAGACUCUCCGGCAGUUCGUCAACGAUCGUCUUGCCGCGGCUGCUAGAGAGAUCUUCGGAGUGUUUGAGCAGACCGUGUCCGAGUUGGAAGAAGAGGUGAACCGCCAGCGGAAGCUGCUGGACGGGCUGCUGAAACCCGUGGGUUUCCUGCAAAACAGAGACAAGCAGCAGCUCCAGGUGAGUCCAGAAGAGCAGCAGGAGUGCAGCAGCCAGUCGGGCUGGGAGACACCAGAACAUCUACACACCAUAGAAGAAGAAGGAGAGGAUGAGACAGGCAUGUCUUUCAAUAUUGUCCAUGUGAAGUGUGAAGAUGACGAUGCUCAGUCAUCACAGCAUCUUCAGACAGAAGGGGAGCCUCCAAUCAGCAGCCGAAAUCAAGACAUGAAAACAGAGGCUGAUGGAGACGACUAUAGUGGGCCAGACCCGUGCAGCAACUUGGAUUCAGAUCUUCAAUCUGAUCACCAGGGGUCACUCUCAUAUGAAUCCAACACUGUAAACUGGGUUGGCACUAGUAAGGCUCUGUUUGGUUCAGUCUCUGAGAAAACGGAUGCCGACAAGUCACUGACCUGCUCCGGCUGUGGCAGAAGAUGCUAUUCCAAGAGAGGACUCAGUUGGCACAGCAAAACCUGCAGAGAAACUUUGAACAAGAGAGCGAGUUCGGAUGCUCGCUUGAGUUUUGAAACAGAAGAGAAACUGUUCGAGUGCUCGGAUUGUGGAAAGCUUUUUAAUCAGAGAAUACAUUUGAAGAGACACAUGGUCAUGCACACGGGAGAGAAACCUUUUGACUGCUCACAGUGUGGAAGAUCCUACAGCCGGAAAGGCGAUCUGAAAAAGCACAUCAGAAUUCACACCGGGGAGAAACCGUUCUGCUGUUCGCAUUGUGGAAAGUGUUUCAACCAAAGCGGAAAUCUGACCACGCAUCUGAGGAUCCACAAAAGGGAGAAGCCGUUCACAUGCCCAGAAUGUGGCAAGUGUUUCAGUCAGAGAGGACAUUUGAAAAAACACAUGAGUCGUCACAUGGGAGACAAAACCUGAGUUUUAGUAUGCGCCACAUGUCAGAGAGUGUUUCAGCGCUUCCAUACCCGCGGCUGCUGUUGAAAUGUUUUGUAACAGUAUGAAGAGAUCAGGCUGUUAGUCACAUUUUUAUUUUGUGGGCUUUUCUGUUCUCUGUUGCAAAAAUUAGUCUGUUUCUCCACUUUGCUGUGUAGUAGCUAUCAGUGUUACUGACAGAAUUUGACUCUCAUAAAAGCGAGGGAUUCGCAAGCCCUCUCUUCCCCUCGAUGUCAGAGCUGGUGGUGCAGAAGGAAAGGUUCUUGUCACUUCACAGCUCAGCUAUUCUAUGAUCUUUGGUGAUCAUUCUAGAAACUGAUUCCUGGAGAUCGGUCAACAGAAUCAGUCUUCUAGAACAGAGAUUCACUGACUGCACACACAGGACUCGCUCUUUGACUGACCGUUGUGGUCUGUUGGUUUUGUCAUAGUGAAGAGCUGAUCUGGAAGUCCUUCACUGAAUGGUAGGUAGAUUUCUCCUUUUAACUGUGCUUUGGAGGAUUCCUGCUGCAUUAGUGAGGUAUGGAAUGGAAGUCUGGGACUCUUUACUUAAGCUGCUGCCCCCAUGACUCCACAGAUGAGAAAUUGGAGGAUUCCUACCACGGCUUCCUUCUGUAAAAA